AUGGCACACAAAGGUCUGCAGAUUCUCUGUGUCAUACUCGGCGCCUUGCUCGGCGCCUUGCUCGGCGCCGUAGUCGGAGCUAUCAUCUUCAUAUCUCGGCCCAUGUGUGUUAGGCAACUCGAGCGAUGCAGACGAACACUCGAACUGGCACUCGGGCGUCGUAAGCAAGCACUCGAGCUCCGAGACUUCCGUCGCCUCCAACCUCGAGUCCAAGCGCUGCCACAAGAACUGCAAGACAUGGUCUUCGAGGAAGUCAUCCGCCAUGACUUCAACAGGAUCCUCAACAAGAUCAUAGUCAAAGACGAUUACAAGCCGCCAAUUGCCCUUCAACUCCACCGCAAACUCCGAGCUUCCUUCGCCAACGAAUACUAUCGAACUGCGGUCGUCACCAGCCUGCCAUGGUCUCGACUCAAAGCUUUCUUAAGGGCGUUACCACCUCAUCAUAGGGCCAUGGUCAACAGCGUCCAUAUGAGAUCUCCCGACUCCAAGACUCCAGUCUGGGACCGCCACAACAUGCUAAGGGAGACUCGGGCGCUUAUGCGAGGAAGUAAGAGGAAGGACACUUGCUUCAGAAGAUCUAUCGGACCUGGCACUUACGACUGGGAGAUGACCAGCAAUUCCGCGAUCAUGGCGCCCAAGGACGCUACAGAGGCCAACAAGCUCACUACCUCGGAACGUGUCCAAGCGCUACCUCAAGAUCUCCAAGACCUAAUCUACGAGCAUACCAUCAGUCACGAGCCAACAAGGACCAUCACUAUCACUAAGGACUAUCGCCCGCCAUUGCAACUUCAACUUCACCACAAGCUGCGACAAGAUUUUGCCACUCGAUACUACAGCGGCGCCAACAUUCGAGUGACCGGCUUCCAGUCAAAGAUCAUGCCAAAGUUCCUCGACUCUCUGCCACCUGGCCACUUGUCACUUCUUCGCGGCAUCGAGUAUGACCGUUAG